AUGAAGAAAAUAAUUUGGAAGCCAGAAAUAAUUUCACUCUUCAACCUUAAAAUCCUUGGUAGAGAUUGGAAUCAGUCCAAAUUUCGUUCUCAUGUUGACAAUACAGGUAUGGAGCACUCUAUUUACCAUUAG